UUCGCUUCCAAACUUUCAAAUUGCCCGAGACAGCUGGCGCAAGGGUGAGACCUGAAGCGUUCCACCAAACGCAGGUGCGUCGUCGUUGUCUCGAAACGUUACGCACAACAUCGUCGACGUGGUCGUUGUCAUAAGGGGACCCUUCGUAGCUACUAGCCCAGAACCGCUACUAACCGCGAAAUACGCACGCUGGCGAUGGCGCGGCUUCGUUAUCGAUUUUUCGCUAAUUUAUUCAUGCUUGCGAGUAGACGACGACGAUGACGACGACGACGACGCCGUACUGGCCACCACUGCCGGUCGAUUCGGACCUCGUCGGCCACAACACGCGAGCUGCCACAUUCCAUGCCGCGCCAUUAUAGUUGGCCGAGGACCGUCCAGGCAGACGAGUCAUGUCGCUCGCAUGAUCACCACCGAGGAUCACCGCCGAUUCGUUGCGCACCUUCGCCGCGUCCCCGAUGUCGGACGUCGAGGAGGAGUCGGCCGAGAAGCGGCUGAAAAUCGUGCUCGUGGGUGACUCCAAUGUUGGCAAAACCAGCAUCGUCCAGAAGUUUUGCAACAACGAUUUCACUAGGCAGUACGUGCCUACCGCGGGCAUCGACUUCUUCCUCAAGAACAUCACCAUCGGCAACAACAAAAAUGUCAAUCUGCAUUUAUGGGACGUCGGCGGGCUCUCUUUGCAUGGCAACAUGUUGGACAAAUACGUUUUCGGAGCACACAUCGUUCUUUUGGUAUACGACGUCACGAAUAGUUCGAGUUUCGACAUUUUGGAAGAAUGGCUCAGUAAAAUCAAAAGUUUCAUUGACACUUAUGACGAAAUGCCUCUAAUGGCUAUAGUAGGUAAUAAAUGUGACAUGGAACAUCAGAGGACAGUUAAGAGAGAUAGGUCGCAUCGAUUCGCGGCGGAAAACGGAUUUUCUUAUCACGAUAUGUCUGCGAGGACUGGAGAAUCGACGUUUACUUUAUUUUUAGGUAUCUUUAUGCAUAGCAGGUUUAUCGGCGCAAAUCUUGGGUAUCCGAUUAACAAGAACAGAUCAAGACUUUCACAAGCCUAUCAUUAUCGCCGAAAUUGGGGACACGGUAGAUGUGAAUUCAAUACAGAAAAUCGUAAAAAGGAUUCCUAACAAAAAACAAUACCCAAUUUCGUUUCAUCCCCGUUUUCCUAUCUCGAAAUCCGCAGUGUGUGCACUGCAAUGAAUCUCAUCGAAUAUUCUUAGAAUACCUUUUUUACGUAAAUUCAACCAAAUAUUAAUUCUGUUGGAUUCAAUAAAAAUUAUGCAAUUGUAAUUUCAUAAAAGAUAAACACA